CAUAGUAUUCAUAUUCUGUUUUUCGGGAUAUAAGGCCUCACAAGAGUGUAUAUGAACAUUAUAAAUAGUAUAUGAGAAUAAAAUAUUCAAAUAUAUCACAAAUAUGUCUAAAAUAAAUGGUGUUAAGAAUUGUUUAAAUAAAAAUAAAUACCUUGCAAAUUGGCUUUUUUUUUAAAAAAAAAAAUCAUCAAUUCUUUUUUUUAAAAAAAACAACAACAGAGACCUCAGGAAAAGAGUGUGAACUUCAUAUAAGUGCUGUUAUCUUAAAACACGCCUCUCUUAGCCCGUAAUUCCCAAACCUAUUUUGUGGGUUCCUGGUGUGCCUUCUGAUCACAACUAUUGAAAAUGGAGGUAAGAAACAGAAAAUGCAGAAUCAGGCCUACAGUAGACUUUGUAUGUUAAAUUUUAAAAAAAAUCCCCCAAUUUUUCUUCCAAAUCUAUGGACGAAAACAGAAUAUUCUGCUCUGAUUACAUAUGUGGCAUCUUCAUUUUACCUGAUUGUUCUUCUGUCUCCAGUUUCUUGACCUCUCCAAAGUAUGUUCAGGGCAAUAACUUUCUGCUUAAAGGUUUCCUACCUCCUUAAGAGCAGAGAGCUAAAUAACUCGACUGAUUCAAGAAUAGGGCUUCAAAAGAUAGCAAUAGACUGCUUUGUACCUAAGGAUAUUUGUCAUAUGCCUGACAAUCAGGAUGGAAAAUAAGGGUAUAGCUCUCGUCAAUUCUCUGCAUGUAUCUGGACCCAACACAACUUAGUUACAUGGAUAUUGCUCAGCAUUCCAUCUGCUGAAGUAGCCAGUAGAUAGUUAAGCUUACUUAUCGUUGCUUUCCUUUCUUUUAAUCAGUAAAAUAAUAAUAAUAAUUUGUCCUUGCUCUUGAACUUAGUUUUCCAGGAUGUAUCUAAAUAGAAUACAUGGUUGCAUCCAAUGGGAUGGCCAGUGGAAUGGGAGAAAAGAUAUCUGAAGAUAAAGAGGUUUCUUAAAAGCAACCUAUUCUCCAUAUUCCCCCCCCCCUCAGUGUUAAGAAUGAAACUUUACUUCUGUUUCAGUGACUUGGGACUAGGGUUGUCUGGAAUGGCAAAAUAGCCUCCCUGAUGGAAUAGAUCAGUCCUAUUGGACUCUGCCUGCCAACUAGAGGGAGGGGCUUUCCUGAAAGUUCUGGAAUGCCCUCCAGAAGAUACAGGAAAAAGCCGUUUGCUGUACAGCCAAAGGGAACUCCAUGGCUACCCUCCUCCCACUACAGUGGUGGCGGCGGACUUUUAUUUUUAUCCUCUGCCUUCCACCUUGCUGCUUCCAUCGCUGUCACUCUCCAACGCCUUGCUGCUUCCAUCGCUGUCACUCUCCAACGUGAGGCAAGGCCUCCCCUCCCUUGGCCCCUGAAGGGAGAAAUGGGGAUGGGUAGUGCCAAGAGAGGAUUUUUCUGUCUUGUCCUUGCCUCUGGGAUAUUCUGGAGUCAGCCCAUUUGUCAGGUACCACCUCAGGGGUUUUCCUUCAUUUCUUACGAAGUUAUUAUCCCAAGAAGGAUGGCACCCCGACGAGGCCGGGAACCGCAAGACCUUACUUAUUUAAUGGAGAUAGAAGGGAAAGGCCACGUGGUACAUCUCAGGCAGAAAAGGAAUUUUGUUCCUAAGCACUUCCCUAUUUUUACCUACAAUGAGGAUGGAGACAUUGAGGUGGACUACCCUUUCAUCAGGAAUGACUGCUUUUACUAUGGCUUUGUCCAUGAUGAGCCUUCCUCCCUAGUCACCCUCAGCAGUUGCUCAGGAGGACUCAGAGGCUUUCUACAAGUGGGUAAUAAGCUCUACGAAAUUGAACCUCUGCAGACAUCUGCUACUUUCCAGCAUGUGGUCUACAGACUGGAAGAGAAGGGGAAUGAAAUCCCAAUGAGGUGUGGAGUAAUGGAAGAAGACAAAAAUCACCAGGAGGCCACGAUCCAGAAUGGAGAAAAUAUUAUAAGCAGAAGUGCUUUGAGCGGACUAUGGCAAACAUACCCCAGGUACAUGAAGAUAGCAAUUGUAGUAGAACAUGAACGAUAUGUCCAAUUUGGUAAAAAUGAAACUGUCACUGCUAGGCAAGUCCUGGAUGUUGUUCACCUUGCAGAUUCGCUGUACAAGCCUCUUGGGAUUCAUCUGGUGGUGGUUGGAUUAGAAAUAUGGUCACAAAAGAACCUCAUUGCAAUCGCAAAAAGCAUAGAUGAGUUGCUUGACACUUUCAAUACAUGGAGGAAAACGAUACUUGUCCAGCAUCUAAGGCAUGAUGUUGGCCACUUAUUUGUAUACAAGCAUUUUGGGAUUAAGUUUGGAUUAUCAUUUGUUGGAUCUGUAUGUGAUCCGAACUGGGCAUCUGCUGUUGAGACAUUUAUUACUUCUAGUUUAUUUUCUUUCACAAUAACUUUUGCUCAUCAACUGGGUCAUAACCUUGGUAUGCAGCACGAUGAGAAAUCCUGCACCUGUAAACAGCAUUCUUGUAUUAUGGCUCCCUUCCAAAGUAGCACAAGUAAGUUCAGUAACUGCAGUUAUACCAGUUAUUCUAAGCUAAUGGAUACUAGUAGAAAGCAAUGUCUGUUGAUUCCGCCAGAACAUGAGAAAUUGUAUGACCUCAAAAACUGUGGCAACAAGGUGGUAGAGAGUGGAGAACAGUGUGAUUGCGGUUCAAAAUUCCAUUGUGAAUCAGAUGCAUGUUGCCAGUCUAACUGUAUAUUGCGUUCAGGAGCCACUUGUGCUUUUGGAAAAUGCUGUGCUGACUGUCAGCUUCUUCCAGCUGGAACAGUUUGUAGAGAAAGGACUAACAUGUGCGAUCUUCCCGAAUACUGCACCGGAAUUUCAGAGUGGUGUCCUGAAGAUGUUUAUGUACAGGAUGGAGCUCCGUGCUCUGAUGGGGGCUAUUGCUAUCAUGGAAAAUGCUCUACUCACAGUGAGCAAUGCAAAGUUAUCUUUGGCAAGCAGGCAUUGGUUGCCCCACUGGAGUGCUUCAAAGAAAUAAAUUCUCGAGGUGAUCGUUUUGGCAAUUGUGGCAUUAUUCCUGGUAAUGUGUAUAAGAAGUGUGAGAACAAUAAUGUCUGGUGCGGCAGAGUCCAGUGUGUAAACAUUGGUGAAGUGCCUAAUUUGAAUGAGCAGAACACCAUAAUUCAAACUACUCUUAGCAACCAUUUGUGCUGGGGUAUAGAUUCUUCAAGUGGAAUUGGUGUAGCUGAUAUUGGAGUGGUGAAAGAUGGCACACAGUGUGGCCUCGGCAUGAUAUGUAUUAAUGGUGAUUGCAUCAAGGUCUCCCUGCUGAACUACGAUUGUAAUCAAACCAAAUGCCACAACAGAGGAAUAUGCAACUCUCAUAAACAUUGUCAUUGUAACUCUGGUUGGGCCCCUCCGUACUGCCUAAAGAAAGGCAAUGGGGGCAGCAUUGAUAGUGGGCCACCCAGCAAUGCCAGUGGAAGAAGGACUAAAGGCAUUGUAAUGGUUCUUUCUGCUGCUGCUCUUCUAGCUGGGUUUGGCAUCUUAUAACAGACAGAAUGUUGGAUGACAGACUUUGAUAACUCCAAUUCUGACACAAGGACAAAUGUCCAAUCUGCUGUUAUAAACUCUUCGGAGACUAGGAGGAUAUAAGGAAUAUCCUUUCAGUGCAUUGUGCCGGGAUAAUGCAAUUUGUUUCUUGCAAUUUGGCCUCUAAAGAUAGUUUUCCGAUCUUUAUCGCUGUAGCUUUCUAGGCUUAUGCCUUAUGAAAAGGCUUAUGGCACUCAGAAUGUCAUGUGGGGAAGGGGGGAGAACAGUUAGAGAAUUACUGGGGAAUAUCCACAAGAGCGCUGUUGCAGUUCAUUCCCCUCAUUGAAAUGGGAGGUUGUUACAGACUAUGUGGAUAUAAUCCAGGCUGUUAGGAAAACCCGUCAGAUAAAAGAUAUAGAAAAUUUCAAACUUUAUCUACUUUAAUUGGCUCUUCCUAUAAAGAUUGCUGCAUGGAGGGAAGAACUGAAGUUUCUUGUUAAAGCUGAGCCUUCUCGGUACUUUACAAAUUGGUACCAUAAUAUUUUGGAUCCACAGAAUAAUUUUUGAAAGUAUUUCUUGGAGUAUAUGCAGCUUAUAAAAUCUGAUUGGAGGUGGACAAUGAUAGAGCUGCUUAGAGAAGUAAAAUGAGUACCUAGACAGAUCAAGUUUGCAAUGGCAUCUUCAGUUGAUUUAUCUGAAUGGCCUGUUGUGAUGAGAUGGUAUGUUUACACAAGCACAUUUUAAGUGCCAUUUCGAAAAAGCAAAAGUGCAGCUGGGGCUGAUCCUUGUAUACUCUGAAUGGGGAAAGAACCAGAUGAUGAAGUAGCAAAGUCAGAGGUCACAUUUUGCUCAGAAUAAACAUUGCUGUAAACCAGGGGUAGUCAACCUUGGCUCUUUUAUGACUCGUGGACUUCAAUUCAAUUCUGGGAGUUGAAGUCCACAAGUCAUAAAAGAGCCAAGGUUGACUACCCCUGCUCUAAACUACAGUAAGAGCAAUCCCAUUGGGCUCCUAGUGUUUGACAUUUCUCUAGAAAAGAAUGCCUCAAAAUUGCACAUAACAAGAACUUUUUGCUCAAAGAGCAGCAUAGGUAUUGUUAAUGACAGAGAUUUGCGAAGGUGUCGAACACGAGAUCAAAUACUGCACAGAAUCAUAGCAUAACUAAUCUACCACAGACCACGUUAACCUGUGACAAUAUAUUUCUUCUAGUAGGGUUUUAUAUAUUUAAUACAAGAUUUGAGGUAGUGGUGAAAUUGUUUGGUGCUCAUACCAACACUCCCAUUGACUUCAGUGAUAUAUAAUCAUGUGUAACUGUAUAGGGAAUUGCAGCAACUGCUUGCAGCUUAAUUGUUACACUGCUAUUCUGUAGUGACUCCUGUGUAUUACAUCAAUUCAGAAACUGUUUAGAAAGCAUGAGAAUAAACACAUUAUUGUAAAAUUGUGAUGAUAAAAAAUUUAAUUUGUUCAGAAUUUUUUUGUACUUUUUGCAGAAAAAACAAGUGCAAACCAGCGGAGUUUUGUGUGCAAUAGCAGCAAUGCUCCUUCAGCAAUCAAACAUCUGAAAUGAACACAGUACAUUAUUUCUGGAAUUGUGUCUGCCUUGCCCACUAUUUUAUCUUUAAAUUUCCUUUCAUAAUCCAUACGUGACCACUGCAUUUGUUAUCGCUUGAGUUUCCUGUAAGAAUUAAUUUUUAUUUCUGAACAGUAACAUUUCUUCAAAACAGACCCAGUUCACCAUAUAUCUUUAAAAGAGGGAUCUUAUCCAACUAUCAUAUAUUACUUAUCACAUUGUAUAAUACAGUAACUACUUUCAAAUGUGCUUUGUUAUUGUAUAACCAUGAGAAUUAUUACAUAGGAAUUAUUUCAAAUUAUUUAAUAAAUUAUUUUAUACGUAUUUUGUUGCUGCACUCUGUAGAUUUUAUUCUUCAGUAGCGAUGUCACUAAAAAGGUAAUAUGGUUCUUUGUCAGAGAGUAACACGUUAUU